GAGCAGUCGAUUAAAUAGUUAAAUAGUUACGUUUACGUUUCUACUGUUUUGCGUCUUUUAAUAGGUUUAUUGACAUGUUGCCAAAUAACAUGUUUAACAAUCGGAAUUUCAUGUGUCACGUUCUUCCUAAACAAAUUUAUAUGCAUUUCGCAUUAUGGGUUGAAGUGUAAGUCAGAUUCACUUCCCUCCAUCGAUGUUGCAAGCACGUUACUAUCAAGGACUAGCUGCUCACUGAUAUAGUAGAGAAUAUUGUAGAGAGAAACAUGGACCAGAUCGUUGAUAUAGAUGAUGUUGAGACUGGAAUGCGUUCUUCCAAGAGUUCAUGGAUACCCUUUGGUUGUAUCAGCUCGAACUCAAUAUGCUACGUCGUGAUUACAAUCACGACUCUGGCCUUCCUUGGCAUCAUUGUCUUCAUCUGCAGGGACUACAUAAAACUGCUGCUCUACUGGAUCGAGCAUCAGAAUGCCUGGAUCAUCGCUGUGAUCUUCAUAGGUCUGUUCACGGUGGUGUCAUUCCCGAUUGUGAUUGGCUAUCUGUUCCUCAUUGUCGCCAGUGGCUACCUGUUCGGUGUGAUACGCGGCAUGGCGAUUGUCAUACUCUCCGCUAAUCUUGGCAUAGUGAUUGCUCAUGUCACCCUGGGUCUACUGUCCACCAGGCUACCGAUUGGUGCCCUCCUGCAGAGCAACACUGCGAGAGCGAUACUUCGCGUGAUAUCCGGGUCCCAGGCUUUCAAGAUCGUCCUGUUCGCGCGGCUCACCCCGAUUCCGUUCGGUCUUCAGAAUACUAUUUUUGCAGUCAGUAACAUAGGUGGUUUUCAUUACCACGUAGCCAGUGCGAUAGGUUUAUUGCCUGCCCAGCUGGUCAACGUUUAUCUAGGCAGCAGUCUGAGGUCGAUGCAGGAUGUAUUGGAGGAUAGAUCCACGGCGGCGACUGGCUACGUAGUAUUUUGUUUCCAGAUAUUAAUAGGAGUCUCGCUGAUGGUUUAUAUUGUACAGAAAGCACGAAAGGAGCUUCAGUUGACGUUGUUCGAGGCCGAUCUCGCAUCCAUGGCGAAUUCCCCUCAUUACAUUCUGGAUGGUCUACCAGACUCUAAGAUAAUUUUAACGAAUCUAAUUGCGUAAUUUUUUUUUUAUGAACGUUACAAGCAUUUUUGACAAUUCUUUUAUACGAGCAACAGCUCCGAUUUCUUUCUCCAGUUAUUAUAUUUCUAACAUUAUUAAUCUGUGUAUCUUCCAGAAGUGAUUUUAUUAAGACUUAUUGAUGGUGCUUUCGAAAAUUUAGACUCUUGAAUGUGACAUUAUGCAGGAAUCUGUUAUCGGAGAUAGUACGUAUUAAGUCUUACCAAAGCUAACGUGAUUUUAGUACCAAACAAAGCUCAUAGAGCAUGCAACGCGUGCAUGUAUAUUUUGUCAUAAACAAAGAUGGAACGAAGAGUUUACACGGAACUGCAAAUCCAAUGUAUAAAGCUUCCUUGCAAUAAGAGCAUAUUACUUUAUAUAUUGCUCAUAUAUAUAUCUAAGAUUAAUGAUAGAGACUGAAACUUUACUAUUACUUUAUUUAUACACUUUUUGUAAUAUUAUUGAUCAAUUAUUGAGGUGCGUUUGAGGAAACACUCUAUCGCUAUUUGUGCCAUUUUAAUUUUAUUGUUCCCGAGAUAACAAAGUGUGUCUUAGUAAAAUCAUGCAAAUCUAUGAUUACUUAUGAUGUUAAAAACUUGUGUAUUUAUUUCCAUUUCGAAUAUACCAACACAGGCAAUAAUGAAUAUGCUAGCAAACGGCAAGGUAAGCCGCAUCUUGCAAGCAGCAUCAAAGAUAUCUUGCAUUGUCAGCAAUAUGAUAGUAUUGAUGAGCCUAGUAUUGUGAGCCUAUAUGAUAACAAUUUGAUGAUGAAGACUUUAAAGUUAUUGGCAAGUUGCUAAAGUCAUCGUGAAAACAUUAACUGUCAACAAAUGUAGACUCCGUUGCUGCAAUUCUGAGCAAUACAUUUAUUUGCGAGCAAUUUGCCAACAAGAUAGACACGUUGCUAUCUGGGUCAUUAGACAUAAAAUAAGGAGUGACACAAAUAGAAUGACAUAAAUAGCGCUAAUGUCUCACCAAAUGCAUUCUUUCUCUCAGUUUUUUUAUAGUCCGAAACGUAGUGGAAAAAACCCCACUAUGAUUCGAAAUAUGUUGUUAAUGAUAUUUAAUGUGCAUUUGUCCGUUGUUUUUUUUCGUGCAAUAUAUUCAGUUUGUACAUUAUAUUAUAAAGAGAUAUACAGAGUUAUCCAUAUGAUGUAAUUCUGAAAGGAGAAUGCGUCCCGAUGAUAGGAAUGAAAAAAAAACGAAUAAAUUUCUCAUUCUUUAA